AUGCUCGGACUGCGGCCACGGCUCAAGGCGCGGCCUUCCCUGCUGGAUCUGAUUCGCGAGGGCAGCAUCAAGGGCUCCAGCGACACCGAAUCCAGCGACACCGAAUCCAGCGGCGACGAAAGCGACAGCGACGGCCCCAGCGAGAGAGACAGCGCCCGAUCCCCUGACCUGCAGUCCCCUGUGGGCGCUGCCAGAAGCACUCCAGCCGCUGGCACGGCCUCGAAUACAGGCCCCGGAGGCGCUGAGCCCGCCACAGGCACCAACACCAACGCCGCUUCGGGGGCCAGUUUUGUUAGUGGCGGGACUGGCAGCGCUACAUCAUUGCCUCCACCCCCGAGCCCUGUCCUUUCAGCAACUGCUAUCAAGCUUCCUCUGUUGCGAAACUCUCCACCUCCAACUCCAUCUCCUUCAUCUCCCGACUCUUCUCCUACCGCUGCCGAUCGAGAGCUCGACGACGCUCCUCCUCUCCAAUCGCUCACGAUGCCUUCUGUAUGCGCCCUCCCAACCCCCCCGCACAAAACCACAGAACAAGAUGGCGAUGCCAUUCACUAUGGCAAGAUCUACUCCAUCUCAGGUCCCGUCAUUGUCGCCGAAGACAUGAUUGGUGUUGCCAUGUACGAGUUGGUCAAAGUCGGUCACGACAACCUCGUCGGUGAGGUCAUUCGAAUCAGCGGCGAUCAAGCUACCAUUCAGGUGUACGAGGAAACUGCCGGUGUCAAGGUCGGUGACCCUGUUGCUCGAACAGGCAAGCCUUUGUCCGUCGAGCUAGGCCCCGGCCUGCUCAACAGCAUCUACGACGGUAUCCAGCGACCCCUAGCCAGCAUCUCCAAGAUCUCAAAAUCCAUCUAUAUCCCUCGAGGUGUUGCCGUUCCUGCGCUCGACCGAGAAAAGAAGUGGGAGUUUACUCCUCAGCUCAAGGUUGGCGAUCACAUUUCCGGCGGCGAUGUCUGGGGAACUGUGUUUGAGAACUCUUUCCUGGCUGUCCACAAGAUUCUGUUCUCUCCCCGAGCCCGAGGUGUCAUCACCAAGAUUGCCCCCAAGGGCGAGUACACCGUCGUUGAUAAGAUUCUCGAGGUCGAGUUUGAUGGCAAGAAGACGGAGUAUCCCAUGAUGCAGACCUGGCCUGUCCGAGUCCCCCGCCCGACGUCUGAGCGUUUGACGGCCGACCAGCCUUUCGUUGUCGGCCAGCGAGUUCUUGAUGCCCUCUUCCCCAGUGUCCAGGGCGGUACCGUUGCCAUCCCCGGUGCUUUCGGUUGUGGCAAGACUGUCAUCAGUCAGUCCGUCUCCAAGUUCUCCAACAGCGACAUCAUUGUCUACGUUGGAUGCGGAGAACGUGGAAACGAAAUGGCUGAAGUCUUGAAGGACUUCCCUGAGCUCACCAUUGAGGUUGACGGCCGCAAGGAGCCCAUCAUGAAGCGAACUUGUCUUAUUGCCAACACCUCCAACAUGCCUGUCGCUGCCCGUGAAGCUUCCAUCUACACCGGUAUCACAGUCGCCGAAUACUUCCGUGACCAGGGUCUCAACGUCGCUAUGAUGGCUGAUUCAUCGUCUCGAUGGGCCGAGGCCCUUCGUGAAAUCUCUGGUCGUUUGGGAGAAAUGCCUGCUGAUCAGGGUUUCCCUGCCUAUCUGGGUGCCAAGCUCGCAUCCUUUUACGAGCGAGCUGGCCGCGCGCAGACUCUAGGAUCGCCCGAGCGAAGUGGCAGUGUCAGCAUUGUCGGUGCCGUCAGCCCCCCCGGUGGUGACUUUUCGGAUCCCGUCACCACUUCCACCCUCAACAUUGUCCAGGUCUUUUGGGGGUUGGACAAGAAGCUUGCUCAGCGAAAGCACUUCCCUUCAAUCAACACCAGCGUCUCAUACAGCAAAUACAACACCGCUUUGGACAAGUGGUACGAGCAGAACAACCCCGACUUCCCCAGACUGCGUGACCGUGUUAAGCAGUUGAUUUCCGAUUCCGAUGAAUUGGACCAGGUCGUCCAGCUGGUCGGCAAGAGUGCCUUGUCUGAUACCGACAAGAUCACGCUUGAUCUUGCCGUUUUGAUCAAGGAAGAUUUCCUGCAGCAGAACGGUUACUCCGACUACGACCAGUUCUGCCCGCUCUGGAAGACGGAGUGGAUGAUGAAGCUCAUGGUUGGAUUUUACGACGAGGCACAGAAGGCCAUCGCGCAAGGCCAGAGCUGGGCAAAGGUCCGCGAGUCAACAAGCGACCUGCAAACCAAGCUGCGUCAGUUGAAGUUUGAGGUCCCCACCGAUGGUGAAGACGUGAUUGUCAAGAGGUACGAGGCUAUUCAGCAGGAGAUGCUGGACAAGUUUGCCUCGGUUGCCGACGAGUAA